UAUGACGCUCGACAUGGCAGCACAUGAAAACAGCUGCUCGAUGGCUUCAAGCAAUUAUAUCCAGGACGUUGAACCUCACAAUCAAAACACCAUCCCCACUCAGUCUGAGGACGAAAAUAGUGAGGUAGAUGGGGACACUGGCUCAUCUGCUAGCAACUAUGGCAGCUCGGGAUCUGCAAGUUAUUGCAGCACCAUUCGCAGUGAUGCUGAAGAUUACUACUGGGAGAAUGGUCGGAGAUACCACUCAAUGGGUGGUGGACGAUAUCUGCUCCCAAACGACGACACAGAACUGGAUCGGGAAGAUAUGAAGCACCACAUGUGGACCUUAGUCCUCGAAGGAGAUCUUCACCUGGCUCCCCUAGGUGACAGUCCGCAGAAGAUACUCGACGUCGGAACGGGAUCAGGUAUCUGGGCAAUGCAAGCAGCGGACAGGUAUCCGUCAGCCGAGAUUAUAGGUUUCGACAUUUCGCCCGUCCAACCAAGCUGGGUACCACCGAACCUGGUCUUCGAGGUAGAUGAUCUCGAACAAGAAUGGCUGUGGGGAGCAGGAAAGUUCGACUUCGUGCAUUGCAGAUUCAUGUUCAUGUCUGUGUUGGACUGGCCAGCAAUGCUCGCACAAGCGUAUCAAGCACUCAAGCCUGGCGGUUACAUUGAGUUAUCUGAACUUGAUUUGAAUCCUGUGCCAGCAGUCAAGGGCAAACCGAGCCCACCACUUAUUGAUAAGUGGUUCGGCAUUCAAGGUAAAAUCCUAGCANAANAGGGAUACAACAUGCGUAUCGCAUCACAUUUCAAGCAGAUGCUUCUGGACGCAGGAUUCGAAGACGUGGUAGAGGUCGUGAGGCCAGUGCCGUGGGGGCUGUGGUCAUCAGACAAGCGACUCAGGGCGAUCGGAUAUUGGCAUGGCAUCACAAUGGCGUCGCUGACUAGGGCAGGGUGGUCAGUGGCAGAAGUAGAAGUGUUUCUGGCUGGGUUGCGCAAAGAGAUGAAGGACGCCAAAUGGCAGAUCCAAGAUCAAGCGUGGUCUGUGCAGUCGGUGGUUGUUGCACCAGCAACAGAAGGGUGUUUACAGUCGUCCAAAUCUUUCCGCCCAAGCNUUGUUGUACAGUCUAUAGUCGACAGUCGAGCUGCUUCACAUUCCACCCACCUAGCUAUCAGCAUCAAUACUCUCACACACACUAUGGCGUCGCCUUCACGCUCAGGCGGCACAAUGCACGCCCCAGUCACAUCACCCUUCAAGUUCCUCAUGGGUUCAUCACACAGCGCCCCCGACAUGUCGGUUAAUGCCCUGGUCGACCGCUUCACCACCCUCGAGGUCAAGGAUCGUGACGAAGACAGCGCAAAGCGCACAGUACGACGAUUGGAAGCCGCUCUGAGGAGAGCAGAGAUGGCCCGCGAGGAGGCAGAGACCGAAGCUACGAGCUUGCGCGACGAGCUCAGAGAGCAGCGAGACAUGGCCGAAGAGCGUCUGCGCGAAAAGACUGACNUUGCGCCAGAGGCUGGACGAGUACGAGAAAAAGUACGAAAAGGCCAAGGAGCGCUUCAAGCAGCAAAAGUUAAGCACGAAGAACAACUGCGCAAGAUGCAAAGGGAGUACAUGGAGCGUGAGAAGCUGCACUGGAGACAACAGCAACAACUGCAAGAAGAGGCCGACUGGGAGAAGAAAUUGCGCGCCGAUUCGAACGACCUGAUCGCUUUCCUCGAAAUCGACCACAUCGUCGCUCUCCAAACAAUCAAGGACAAGCACCUCGAGCUUCUCGCAAACCAACAACGCACCACACCUCAAGUCCAGCCUCGCGAAGACCUGAUCGACGACUUCGACAUCGAGAUUGACACACCCAAGAAGCAAGAAGACGAGCCAAUGCCCGAAGCACCUUCCGAGCCCGCUCAAAACGACUAUGCUGUCGAAGACACUCCCGAGCCAGAGACAACCCAUACCCGCACAUCUCACACACCUGUCCGCAGCCACUCUAGCACGCCAGUCGCUCACGACUCACCUCAAAACACCACAACUCCCAUGCCCCCAACAACCAGCACGAAACAAACCGUCCUGGUGCCCAUAAACUUCAACGACGACGAAGAAGACNCCUCCUCAACCAGCGACAAAGAAAACUCCCUGCCUCUGCUCCAACCACCACGUACACCCCUUCCCUCCUCUCGUACCGUCAGCGCACCUCCUCACCAUCUCAAAACGCCCUUGACUGUUUCUUGCUCGACACCAGCAAUGCACCCGAACAUUCCCGAUUUCUUGAAUACGCCUAUUGAUAGGGAAGCCGCGCUUGCAGCAAUCAGGGAGAGGAGAGGUAGAGCUAGGAGCAAUGGAGCUGCUAAUAUGGCUACUCCGAGACGACUAGGCAGAGAUGCAUCCGCACCUCCCGGAGCUGGAGCUGUUGGAUCGAGAUCUAAGAGUCGUGGUCCU